UUUCCAUGUAAUGUAUGCAACAAAGAAUAGAGACACCGCAGCGAAAAUUCAAAGGAUUUGAGACAAACAAAACUUUGCAGAGAAACAGAGCAGCAGCCAUGGCAGCUUGCAAGAGAGCUUCAGCAACGACAGCAACACCGACAGAAACAAAGCCGAAUCCUCCUCAAACCCAAGAAACAACCACCCAAACCGACCCACCGAUCGCGCCACCAAAGAAAGGCCUCAUCUUUAACCUCUGUCUUUUCUUUUCAAUUCCAUAUUUUUACCUUCUUUUCCAGCGAUAUACGAUCGAGCAAGACCUCAAGAGAUCCAUCCUUAUCAAUGCUGCCCUUAGCGUUGUCGGCUUCUUCCUUACUCAGAGAAUGAUUCCUGUUGCUUCUAGAUAUGUUUUAAAACGCAGUUUAUUUGGAUUUGAUAUUAACAAGAAGGGUACCCCUCAAGGCACCGUUAAAGUGCCUGAGUCAUUGGGAAUUGUUGUAGGUAUUGUCUUCUUGGUUUUGGCUAUCUUGUUUCAAUAUUUUAACUUCACGGCAGAUUCAAAUUGGCUCGUUGAGUACAAUGCAGCCUUAGCAUCUAUCUGCUUCAUGAUUUUGCUUGGAUUUGUAGAUGAUGUCCUGGAUGUCCCUUGGAGAGUGAAACUACUACUGCCAUCAAUUGCUGCUCUUCCAUUGUUGAUGGCCUAUGCUGGGCACACAACUAUCAUCAUUCCAAAGCCUCUUGUUUCAUAUGUCGGGCAAGAGGUGUUGGAUCUAGGAUGGGUGUAUAAAUUGUAUAUGGGGCUUUUGGCAGUAUUCUGCACAAAUUCCAUCAACAUUCAUGCUGGUUUGAAUGGCCUUGAAGUUGGGCAAACAGUUGUGAUUGCAUCAGCUAUUUUGAUACAUAAUAUAAUGCAAAUUGGCGCAUCUUCAGAUCCUGAGUACAAGCAUGCUCAUGCUUUUUCUAUUUAUCUUGUUCAACCCUUACUAGCCACCUCCUUGGCUUUACUUUCUUACAACUGGUAUCCUUCUUCAGUUUUUGUUGGGGAUACAUACACAUACUUUGCUGGAAUGACCAUGGCUGUAGUUGGGAUUCUUGGACACUAUAGCGAAACACUCUUGAUUUUCUUUCUUCCUCAAGUGUUGAACUUUCUCUUGUCACUUCCUCAGCUUUCUGGCUAUGUGAAAUGCCCACGACACCGUCUUCCAAGAUUCAAUCCUGGGACUGGACUACUUACUGGGACACGUGAUGGGACACUUGUUAACUUUUACUUGAGAAUAGUUGGCCCGAAAUCAGAAAAGUCACUCUGCAUCCACCUUCUUUUUGUUCAGGCCCUAGGAUGCUGCUUCUGUUUCAUGCUGAGGUACUUCCUCGCCGGAUGGUACAAAUAAGGUAGCAACAUCAGAGAAAAGUGAAAUAGUUUUGCUAUACGGGUUUGUCAUGUAUAAUACUUUAGCAUCGGAACACGGGGAGUACGUCUUUCAGCGUAGACAAAUGACCUGCAGUCUCGACAACAUUGGGAUGAAUGCUGACAAUAGUAUUAAUUACUUGCAUCAUUUUUCCUUAUAUAUAUCACUUGACAAUUUACAUUUUGGUGUGGGAGAGAAAGUUGGAGAACAUUAGAUCAUAGGAAGCCAAUGGCUCAAACUCCUUUUGCAUUAGUUAUUCGUAAUUCAUUAGGCUUUGUUGAUGUACAACCUUGCCUUGCCUUGUUUAAAACUGUACAUUGGUUGAGGUAAUUUGAACCACAUUUUUAUUAUUAUUGUUAUGUUGGUUGCAA